AACAUUUCCCAGCAGCACCCGGGAGAGGAAGGCGUACUUCACCCUUCACUUUCAUUUACACGCCCAGCAAAUGUGAACUAGUAAAACUACUGUAUCAACCAUGUCGGCAAAGCGGUGACUGUUCACAGGAAAUAAUAAUAACAAAUCUGGUGCUGUGGAAAGCGAUCAUGGCAGGUCGGUGCUGGCUGGAGGCUUCACUUGAUCGUUCAUCUAAACUCGGACUUGAGGUGUUACAAAAAGCCAAAAGACGAUCAAAAACCUGGAGGAGCGGAGGCUCAUCCUGCACUCGCCGGGAUACAUCACAUGCAGAGGUUCUGGAUCACUCUGCUGCCCACAUGACCCUGGAUAAUGCUUUUGCAAAAAUAGUGGAGUGCAUGUCUGAAACUAGUCAUCAGUGCAAGAGGUUUUAUAGUUCUGCAAGUGCAGCCGAGCUUCAUCAACAAGAGCAAACCCAUGUGUGUCGCUUUCACUCAAAGCGGCUUCUCCAGACUUCCAGUCAAAUUCAAACCACUGCUUUAACCUCCAAAAGAGUUUAUUCCACUGGUUUGUCUGAGCCAGAGGAUUUCUUGAUUGAAGUAUCUCCAGGCACUUAUGCUGUCACAGCAGCAAUGCAGGAUGCAGGCCCACAGACCCGAGUGGUGCACAUCGAUGCAGGGGAGAGCAUGAGACUCACAUUCGACCUCUGACCUCAACCUCAAAUGUUUUUAAAUACAGCAAAACAUCUGGUGAUCUAAAAGUCUCAUUUCAUUGCACUGAAACUAAAAAUGAAAUCCUUCAAAACUGAAUUUAAGCUUUUUUGUGCACUUUUAAUGUAUAAUGUGCCUUAAUGUAAUGUGUACAUGUACUACUCAGGGUAUUUUUAUCAGCAGUAUUGAAUGUUAACGGUUAUGAUUGUGCUUUGCAAUAUUUGCUAUUGUGUGCUGAACUUUUUGUGCUGAAAUAAACAUUUUCUUUAAUUUUU